AUGCUAUUUAAGGAGAUUGAUAUGAAUCAAAUUAAUGUGAUGCUACUUGUUGAUUAUCGGAAGGCAUUCGACAUGGUGGACCAUUCAAUUUUGUUAAAGAAACUGGAAUGCUAUGGACUUGAUAGUGCUGCUGUGUCUUGGUUCAAUUCCUAUCUCUCGGGGAGGAAGCAGUAUGUAUAUUAUAAGGGCACAUCAUCAACAGCUAGGGAUAUUACUGACGGAGUUCCUCAAGGGUCAAUUCUUGGCCCUCUCUUGUUCCUGAUUUUUAUUAACGAUCUUCCUUUAUACACUCAAUCACAAACUGACUUAUUUGCGGAUGAUACCAUUGUUAUUGCAUCUAGUGAUCGAGACCAGAUUCAGGAGCUGCAAAAUAAGGUACAAAGGGAAAUGGCAAAUGUCGAUGAAUGGGCAACUUUAAAUAAUUUACCACUGAACGCGGAUAAGACGAAGAUUAUGGUUGUUGGUGGGAAACGUUCUACUGUUGCCACAGGCAUUGAUAUUAACUUAAAUGGCUCAAACAUUUCUCAAGUGAGUAACGCUAAACUUCUGGGUGUGGGAGUUGAUUCAGAACUGUCGUUUGAUAAUCACGUUAAUUCUACUUCAAAGAAAAUUUCAAAGCGACUUGGAAUUUUGAAGCGAGUCAGCUCUUCCAAUUCCUGAAAGAGUCUUGUUCUAUAAUGCAAUGAUCAAGCCGUUGUUCAUGUACUGUAGUGUUGUUUGGUCUAAUUGUAGACAAGACAACAUAUUGAAACUUUUCAAGCUUCAGAAGCGUGCCGCCAGAAUAAUUUUAAAUUUGGAACCACGGCAUCCGUCUAUUGAUGCAUUCAAUCAACUUAAUUGGAUUCCUUUUUAUGUCGAAUCAGAUAUCAGGAGGUGCAUGUUGGCGCAUAAACGUAUUAAUGGUGAGGGACCAGAAUAUCUGAAAGAUUUGCUGGUUUUGAAUAGCGAAGUGCACUCUCGUUCUACACGUGGUGCAGGACUGUUAUUUAGAACGCCGAAAUAUUAUCGUCAAACUGAGGGUGGUAAAAGGUUUUCAACAUGCACAAGUAAACUUUGGAACAGUUUACCGCUGAACAUAAGAUCCAUUGCAUCAGCCAAAACAUUUAAACGGUCUAUUAUUAAUAUAUUUUUAGAAUAUCAGAAAGAACAUAAACAUUUUACUACUUUUACUACAAUAUUUUCAAAUUAUUAAUUUUGUAUUUUAGAAAUCUUAUUUAUGUAUAUAUUGUUUAGUUAAUCUAGUAUGUAUUAUUGUAAUAUUUUAUUUUAUCUGAGGGCCACAGGUUUGUUAGUGUGAAUUCACUAUUAUGCGCUACCCUCGUAAAAUAAAGUUUUUCAUUCAUUAAUUCAUUCUUUCGCAGGUCUCGUUCUUCCACAUCCUCGGGUGAUAACUCCAUAAGAUAAUUUGCUUUACCGAAGAUCAUCAUGUUCGGCGUCAACACGGGAAGUUGAAUGUCAUUCUCGCAGUACGAUAGUGGUCGAUUGUUCAAUACGAGCUGGAUAUCUAGCAUCACGUCUUGCAAUUCUUUGAAGGUAAGUUUUGCCGAUCCUACGACCUUGUAAAGAGCUUGUUUCACUAUGCUAACCAUUCGUUCAAACAUUCCACCCCACCAGCUAGCUUUGCUUAGAUUGAACUGCCAUUUCACACAAUGUUCACUCAGAUAGCCUUGUAACUUUUCGUUCUGUACGACUUUCUUGAUCCAUUUGGCAGCAGCCACGAAAGUCUUUCCAUUAUCGGAUAUGAUCUUCUUCGGACGACCUCUUGCUGCGAUAAAUGUUUUAAAACUCAUCAGGAACUCUUCACAACUCAUGUUUGGCAGAAUCUCCAAGUGAAGUCCUCUAGUUAAACUGCAGGUAUAAAUGACUAUAUACGACUUACGAUCAGCUCCCCCAUUUCCCUUGUAAUAGAUUGGUCCGGCAUAAUCGACACCAGUUACUUCGAAGGGGAUUUCACCUUCAAUUCGUUCUUUUGGAAGAUUCCCCUGAGGUGGAGGGGAAUCUUCCAAAAGAACGAACUGAAGGUGAAAUCCCCUUCAGAGGCAUUGGCGUUGUGUAAAAUCGUUUACACCCAUAGCAUUUACGAAUAACUUUCUUCACAAGACUUCGUAAUGUAGGGAUCCAAUAAUCGUCGCGUACUUUACUCAUGGUUAACCCAACCCCGCCGUGAAGGGUGUAAAGAUGUGCACGUUCGACAAUCUUCAGAGAUAGGAGGUGAUUUGAUGGCAAGUAAAUCGGAUAAAACCCUUGAAUUCUCCCCUUACACUCGUAAAUGCCCUCUUCAUUUUUCUGGAGAUUCAAUCGUUGAGAAUGUUCUUUGAAUUGAACAGAAUUUUCACCGUCUUCUUGAGCUCGUUUAAUCAGAAAUUUCAAUUGUUUCUUAGUCUCUUCAGUUGUUAGUGGUCCGCUGAUUCUUUUACUUCUCCGACAAUUGACAGCAAAUCUUUUGAUCCAUGCCAAAAUCCGCACAGUUUUCCAUAGGGUUGUUUUCGCUGAAAGGUCGUCAAAAACAUUUGAUUUUCGUUGAACAGCAGCUUUCAUCACGGUCUUGAUUGUGCGACUUUCGGACUCCGACACAUCAGAAGGUUUAGCAACAAUCUGUUCCGGCCAGCUGUCGGAAUUGUUCAGCCAUGAAGGACCGCUCAUCCACAUUUCGUUAGUUUCCAAGUCACUUGAUCCCCGACUACCGAUAUCCGCAGGAUUCUCUUUACUAGGUACAUAUUUCCAAACGAUUUCUUCCUUCUCAUUUAUUUUCUCUACCCAAUUGGCUACGAAUUGUUUAUAUCUUCCCUGACCUUGGAUCCAUUGAUGACAGACAGUAG